GACGGGACGGCGCUUCCCUUGCCUGGGGCCGCACUUGCUGUUUACAGUUGCUGUAGCUACCGCCGCAGCUCAACGGCGCCGGGCUGCUGCAGGGCUUGGCAGCUCCCCAGCGGGGCGAGGGGCUCCGGCUCCCCGCGGGGACCCGGGACUGCAGGGAGCGGGGCGGGCACAGUCUCAAGGGGCUGGCUGUACAACGCAGCGUCCUCCAGAGAGAGCCGGGGAGGCUCGGUUGGGAGAGCGGCUGCUGAGGGCCCGGUUUACGACACCAUGUAGUAGCCGAUGGAGGCUGCUCUGAAAGGGCCACUGCUGAGGCUUACAGCCCACCGGGCCCGCAAGCUUGGAAACUCCCUCCGUGGCAGCAGGAGACUCGUCGGGCUUUAGGACCCCAGGGAAAGGCUGCGGCAGCCAGGGUGCGGGAGAGCUCAGGGCAGCUAUUAUGGAUGGAAGAUCCUUUGCCUUCAGCCUGAAAAAAAAGCUCUGGGAUUGAAAAAAAAAAUGGAGGAACUUGGUAGGAUCCACUCGGGCCAUCGCUUUAGCACUGCAUGCUUAUUUUCAACUGCAUUCACUGUAUGUCCAUAGGCUGGAGUUCAGAAAGCGGGAUAUGGAAGCAGAUACUCUCAAAGAUGAAGACCAUAUGGCUGAGUGGACUGCCAAUGAUCCAGCAAGACUGGUGCCAUCUCCUAGCAAAAUUGCUGGGAAGGCCAUGUCCUUUUUGCCCCUGGGCCAGAUAAACAGCACAAAUGGCUCAUUCAAUGAACAGUUUACACCCUUCUGCUACUCGGCACAAAGCAGUAUGAUGGGCAGUAAUGGCAGCUCAUCAGAUAACAGGUUUCAUGGCCAAGCUUUUCAGGAUGCAAAGCAAUUCAAUUAUUUGGCCAACUCUGCUCUUUUUCCUCAUUUGUUGGCAUCCAGCGUAACUCAGACUGGAAUUGUCCAGGCCAGUAAAUGUAGUGACUCGGAAACACUCAGUCCUUCCUCUGCUGCUGCUCCUGCUCCUCAGAUAAGUCAGGAACCCAUACACUACAGAAACAUGGAGCAGAGCCCAGGGCAGCAGGAACAGGUGAUGAUGGAACAGAUGGAGCAGCUGCAAAGGCUGGUAACUGAACAACAGAAAAUCAUCACCUACUAUAACCCAGGCUUUUCAGUCUAUCCCGGCACCCCUUCCCAGCUCGUUGCCAUGGUGCCAACACUUCCAAGAUUUCCUGCCACUUUAUUUCCUGUCCAGCUCCCUUUCGAAAACUCUUCACCAGUCCAGAACAGCGGACAUUUACAAACCAGUCCAUCAAUAACGCAGACUUCCCUUCAGAAACAUUCCCCAGCGUCCUCACCCAACAACAGCUGCUCAGAAACCUUAGGGGAGCACCCACAACCUCCAAGUCCAGGGAAAGAGAUCGAGCCAUUAUCUCGAAGUGAUGGAAGCCCCACAAAAAAACUUUUCAGACAAGUUGCUCAAGAAGAGGAAAUCACAUCCAGCAAAGAUGAAAGCCCACUAAUGGUAGAGGCUUGUCCGAAUAUUUUGCCUGCCAUUAAAGAAGAAGAGGGAGAGCAAACUGAUGAACAGAUUCCCCUUUCCUCUUUUGGCAUAAGGAUGGAUGCAAGGACUAGAAACCUGGAAGACAGACCAAGAAUUGGUGUAAGACAGAAGACUUUUGAAGAAUUUGUUGAAGAACAACUUAAAGUGGAUUCUCAAAUAACAGACAGCCACGAGCAGAACUUCUGUGAGGCUAAAAUGACCCCUCGGAAAUCUUUCCUGAAACAUGGAGAAGGCAUUGCAAGGCUUGAAAAAAAUAAAGAGAACCUUGCGAAAGAACAAGCCAAACAUGCCAGAAGAGUUAGUUUUGAUUGCCAGAAUCUCUUCUCUUUGCCUCACCAACAGGAUGCAGGAAAAUUACAGUUGGGGAAACAUUUAAAUCGUUCACAUCGACAGGUCAGCAGCCCCACGGUGUUGGUUUCUAAUGAAAAGAAUACAGAUUGCACUAUCUCCAUGAGUGAAAUAAAGGCUCAGGUUGACAGUAAGGCAAGAGAUCCUGAGCAAUGCCCAGACGAAAGAGGAGAAGGAGGUAGUGGAGAAGAGUGUGCAAAGGAGGAUCCUGUUGUACCACUGCAGAUGAACUGGGCUGAACUCCUGCAGCCGUGUCAGGAACAAAUUACUGAAAUGAAGUUACAAAUAGGUGAGAAAAAUAAAGCUCAAAGUACUGAUUCUCUAGGACAUUCAGACAAAGCAGACAAACAUUCCACGGAGUCUACAGUUCAAAAGGACCUAGAUAUUGUGGAUCAGUGUGGAAAGGGCAAUCUAACUCAGAUAGCAGAAAAUCCCUUGGAAAUCCUUCAAGAAGCUUCUAAGCUUCAGAAUUUUGAAGGAAGCCAAACCAAGCAGAUGGAUUGGAGCACAGGCCUCAAAUUCACACCAGGUGUGAAAGGAAUUAGCAGUUGCCACAAUGAAGAGUACACUGUGAGCAAAAGCGCAGAGAUCCAAAGAGGACCCAGCACUGGGUUUAAGAUGGUUAAUGACAGAAUAAUGAAAAUUACCCACAAAUCAACUCAAGGCAUGGCCAGGAAAAAGAACAUCACAUCUGUUGGCCACCAGCGAGAGUGGCAAAGCAGUAGAAGUGCUACCAACAAGUGGAAUGCUCAACCUUUGUCCAGUGGGUCAGGCUGCACGUCCACUGACAGUGAGGAUGACCCCAAAUCUUACUGCUCUUGGACUCCCACAACGCACGUGCCUCAGAAAGUAGGUCGCACAGACAAAAAUUUGGAUCUCUCUGAUGCUGAUUAUGCUAGUGAUGAGCCCAGUGGAGCAGAAGAGCUGGCCCUGAAAAAGCACACCAAGCCACCUCCAAAGAAACUGGGUGCUCAAGCGAUAAAAGGCAAGCAGGGUCUCUCUCUCAGCACAAGCAGCAGUGAGUCUGGUAAUGGGGUUGCUAGGUUGAGAGGAAACAAGUCUUGCUCUUCUCUUCGAAAGUUUCCCUUUUGGCCCCCAAGAUCUGCGAGAGGUGGAAGAGAGCCUGAGACAAGGAGUGAGAGUAAUGUCGGGGAUGUUAAAAAUGUAGAUCUGCAGUCAUCACCCUCAACAUGUGAUCUGGUGGCCAGCCUGUUCCCUGCGUUCAAAAUUAAAGACACCUUUGCAGAGGAGAAGACACAAAGAAAACCGGUUCUGGGUAUGCUAGAAGCAGCUCAGAGAAGGCUUACUGACAAGUUAGAGGAAUUGGAAAAGGAGGUUGGUGUAUAUCAUGGAGAAACCCCUCUUCUAGUGAGGAUGAAAGAAGAACAAGAGAAAGCAAGGCAUUUGCUCAGAACACAAAUGGAUCAGCUUGAGACCAGCAAGGCUCAAGAACUUAAUCGCUUAGAAGAAUAUAAGAGAGACCACAUUCACACAUCGCAGAAAGAAAAGGUUGAAUUUAAGAAGUACUCAACAGCAGCUAGAGUCACUAAAGAGGAAGUAAAAUCAGAAGAAAUACAAAUGUUAAAACAGCAGAUUGCAGGGCUCCAGGAGGAGUUCAGGAGAAAUGAGUCCCGCUGGCAGGCUGCCCAUGGCAAGCUAAAAAAUCAGAUUGAGAUGCUGACCAAACAGAACCUGGAGCUUCGAGAUGAGCUCAGAGUUUCAGAGCAUCAGAGGCUGGAAGCAGAAAAGAAAUCUGGAGCUGUGGAUUUCAUAAGCAGAAAAUCAGAAACCCCGGUUUCAGAAGCUAUUUUGAGAGGGACAUCAUCUCUGGCUAACCUAGAAGAAAGGCCAUUGCGAGGUAGCCAGAAGAGUCGCAGCACCACUCCGGUGGGGAGGAAAACGCCAGUGGAGAAACACCCCCCCAGAGAUGUGAAUAUGAAAGCAAUGAAGGACCGAGUGCAAAGGACCGAGUCUUUGAAAUCAGUAACCAGGGAACCCAGAGAAAAGACACCAUCUAAUCACUUUCAUAGCAGAAGUACAACACCCACUGGCAGGAGAACAUCCCAUCAAGGAAGAUUAACACCAUUUGAGCCAGAGAAGGUUAUGCGUCAAUCAUCUCAUAAUGAACAAAGAACCUAUGGCAGGAAGUCACCUAUACUUCCCGUCUCACACUUGACUGUGUCUAAGGAAACCAACUCAUCUUCUUACAUAAAAGGCAGAUUUUCAUCCACCUCAGGUAGUUCAGAGGACACAGUCCUCUUUCGCAACCAGAGCGAUGAAGUUUGUAGCUCUGCAUCCUGCAGUAACAAUGAGGAAACACAGGAGAAAGAAAAUCUGUGCCUUAAAAGGACUGAAAAAUCACUUAAACCUUGGGAUCAAACAGCCUCUGUGACACUCUCCAGGAGAAACAGCAUAAUCCCAAGUGGCAGCAAACCAGCAGCAGAAGGUUUUUGUGCUUUACUGGAUGCUGAAGCAAAGAAUUUUCGUCCAAAAUCAACAUUAUCCAGAAGAUCUUCACUAUAUGAAGAAAGCAAAAAGAGUGAUGAGGAGGUGCGAGAAAAAAUAGAGUAUGCAGAUGGCAAGGUAGAAGAGGUGCUUACUGAUGGCCGUCGAAUCAUUAUUUUCCGCAAUGGUACCAAGAAAGAGAUCAGUGCUGAUAAAAGGAUGACAGUGGUUACUUUUUUCAAUGGAGAUGUAAAGAAGAUCAUGCCGGAUCAGAGAGUGAUUUAUUAUUAUGCAGAUGCACAGACAACCCAUACCACUUAUCCAAAUGGCUUGGAGUUACUGCAGUUCCCUAACAAUCAGAUAGAAAAACACCACCCGGGUGGCACCAAAGAAAUUGUGUUCCCAGAUCAGACAGUGAAACGCUUCUAUGAUGGUGGGCUUGAGGAAACUGUUUUUCCAGAUGGCACAGUAGUAAAAGUAGAAAAGAAUGGCGAUAAAAUGGUGAUGUUCAGUAAUGGGCAGAAGGAAAUUCACACGUCACAGUUCAAGAGAAGGGAGUACCCCGAUGGCACUGUAAAGACUGUGUACUCCAGUGGCCAACAGGAAACAAAGUAUUCCUCUGGCCGGGUUCGAAUCAAAGACGAAGAGGGCAACAUCAUCCUCAAUAAGAAGUGAUUCAUCUGCUCUAGACGCAAUGUUGUAUGUAGGUCAUUCAAGCCAGUUUCUGGUUGAGAUUGGUUAUUAUUUUACAGUGUAGAUAUGUAUCCCCUGGAAGUGCACAAGUCUGAUUUGUUUUCUUCCUUGUCCCUUUGCCUGCCUUUCUGUUCCUUGAAAGAAUUAGGGCCUGACUGUGAGUGGUGCUGAGCACCUACAACUCCUCUCAAAGUCAACUAAGGAUCAGGCUCAUAAAGAGUUGUGUUCUCUAAAAUCAUAAAUGAAUGCCAUGCAUCUCCAGAAAAAACAGAAAUUGCUGUGUGGAGAACAUUUCAUUUCUUCACACCAGGUGUAAGGAAGAAGGGGAUGGACUAGGAGACUAAGCAUAUGAUAUGACAUGCCUAGGUUCCCGUGGACCAUAAGUUCACAUUCCAAGUAGAUAUGUGGGAUUGAAUUUUACUUGCAUUCACUGAAUUUUAGUUAAACUACAGCUUUCUGGGUGGGUGCUUCUUGAAUAAGGCUUCUAAAACUGCACUCAUGUCUGCCCUGAAUAUACAUUAACCAACCCAUGGUACUUUCCUUUCCACCAAGUGUUUGCCUGGUGACUUUGCCCAAAAUUUCCCUUCCCUUUACUCGGGUGCUAGUUGGCUCCUCUGUCUAUCCCAGAAGUGGCUGCACUUCAGUGGUGUUGUAUGUAUGCCCCACAGCUGUAAGGCACUUUGAGAUCCUUUGGAACGACACCAUAUAAAUGUAAAAAAUAUUGUUUUUAUUAUUCAGCAUGGUAGAUCCACUCAGACAUGCUGCCUUAAACAAAAUCAUUAACGUGAAUGCAGUUUAUUAAGUAAAAAUCUAAAGACCAGGUCCAGCUCUUCAGUCUUCAAUAGAGACAUAUUGAUUUACACUCCAUGAAGAUCUGGACCAAUGUCUUUAAUUUUACAAAUAUUUCUUGUUGAUUCUCUCUCUCUCUCUCUAGCAUUAUGUAAUUUCUUUUGACUCCAGCACCCAAAAUACAUGUGUAAACUCCUGCAGACUCUCCUAGCAAUCUACCUUUAUUCUUUCCUCACAUGCAAGUAUAAAAUAAUUGCAAGAUUAUGCAAUUGUUCAUUUUUCUGUUUUGUUUCUUGCAACUCAGAAUACAAACAAAUUACUGUGCAGUCUGGGAGACGUAUUCUGACUAGACAGAAAGUGUAUGAAACUAGUUAUUUCCCAUUAAUAUUGAUCACAAACUACAGUGUGUAUAAAUGUAAUUACUCUUUUCGAAGCAUUUGAUGAUGAAUACAUUUUAAUGUAAUUCGGGUGUGAUAACAUAGUUGUAUUUUUAUUCCUUUUACUCCCUAUGUGUAAAAUAAACUAUUUAGAAUGGUGUGCUUUUCACUAUUGUAAUCUUUAAUCUAUUUCUACGUAGAUUGUGAAAGGCAGCUUA